AUUCGGUGCUCCUUUUCGUUUUUUUUUGUUUUUUUAUUUUAAGGCCUUUCUGCUCUACUCUUUUGUCCUUCCCUGUUCCAUCAUCUCAACUCUCUAUCAAGUGAGAGAAACAUAGAAAAAGAAGAAAGUGAAAGAGGAAGAGAGCUUAGCUUAGAAUAUGGUGGACGCCUUGUUUGGAACUAAAUAUUUUAUUUAAAAAAAAUUAUUAAAAUAAUCGAUUCCUAAAACAGCUUUUUACUCUUUUCACAAUCCCUUUUCAUAUUUAUAUUCAUUUCACAUCUCAAUCAGCACACAACUCUCACCUUUUUUUUUUUAAAUAUCUCUCCUCUUCAUCUCUCAGUUUCUCAACCGCUCCUCUGCAUCUUCAGCUCUUCCCCUGAAAUGGGUUCUACUCAUAAUAAACUUCAUCAUUGUCUUGCCAUUUCUUUCCUCUUUCUCUUGAUUUCAAGCUUUACACACCCGAGACUAAUUGCUGAAGGCAGAGCAAUUUCCAGACAAGUUGGCCAUUAUCAGAAAUCAAUAAUGCAGGAAGAGAAGACAAUCUUGAGAGGGCAGAUCGGGUCGAAGCCACCGCAGUGCGAGAGGAGAUGCAGUUCGUGUGGGCACUGCGAGGCAAUUCAGGUGCCCACAAACCCACAGAUUAAAACUGGGACUGGAAGCAAAAGCUCAUCCUCAUCAAUCGACUAUGCCAGAGGGGGUGAUGAUGACAGCUCCAACUACAAGCCCAUGAGUUGGAAGUGCAAAUGUGGGAAUUCUCUCUUCAACCCAUGACUAUCUAGCUAGCUAGCCUUAACAAAUCUCUUCAAUUAGUUUUUCAAUCUUGUGUAUUAUAUAAUAUGAUGAUGAGUGAUAUACUAAUUUCAUUCUCUCUCUGUA